CUCAGUGCCGGCCUUCUGGAGCCUGGUUGGGGUUCUGUCUGCGGAGUUGUGGGAUCAGUGGCUCGGAAGAAUGGUGAAUGCAUGACAGAAAGAUCAGGGAGAGAACCGAUGAGACUUUAGCAGCAGGUUUCUGGGGGCAGAUAACAGAGCUGCAUCUUGUUUUUCUCGGUUGAUUUGGAAUCCUCUGCUCUUCGACCCCCGCAGGGAAACCAUGCCGAAACCCCGGAAGAGGCUCGGCGGGGCUGCGGGGCCAGAAUGAGCUGUCUUAUCCAACAUCUCUUGGCACCCUCAAGGAGCAGGAGGCAGGCCACAAAGCACGACAAUAAGGGGCCAGCAGGAAAACAAACCAAGACUAAGAACCCAGCAGGGGCAUUAGCUGCAAUGGGUAACUCCAGCCCUGAGAAGACUUCAGCCUCUAAAAACUGUGGGAAGAAUCUAAGCAGUUACUGGCUGAUGAAGUCCGAGCCAGAAAGCCGACUAGAGAAAGGUGUCGAUGUGAAGUUCAGCAUUGAGGAUCUUAAAGCAGAGCCCAAGCAGACAGCAUGCUGGGAUGGUGUUCGCAACUACCAGGCCCGGAACUUCCUUCGAGCCAUGAAGCUGGAGCAAGAAGCCUUCUUCUACCAUAGCAACUGCAAAGAGCCAGGCAUCGCAGGACUUGUGAAGAUUGUGAAGGAGGCUUACCCAGACCACACACAGUUUGAGAAAAACAGUCCCUAUUAUGACCCAUCCAGCAAAGAAGACAACCCUAAAUGGUCCAUGGUGGAUGUACAGUUUGUUCGGAUGAUGAAGCGUUACAUUACCCUGGCUGAGCUCAAAACCCAUUACCAAGCUCACAAAACCACUGGAGGCCCCUUAAAAGAUAUGGCUCUUUUCACUCGCCAGAGACUCUCAGUUCAACCCCUGACCCCAGAGGAGUUUUAUUUUAUUUUGAGCCUGGAGGAAAAGGAGCCAAGUUAACUGGGACACUGUUGCUGGAAUGGGCAAGACAUUACUCCAAAGAAGUCAAGUUUUUCUAAGACAAAAGAAAGUGUGUGGUGGCUUGCGUGUUAUGUUCACCUGGGGUUGUGUACGUAGAUGGUUUUCAUGUACCUUUUCCAAUAAAACAUUAAUAUCAAAGAUGAAAA